AUGAAGAUCAGCAGUUUAUUUGUGACCGGUGCCUUGGUCACACGGGCUCUUGCAGAGUCCCCCUCCGGCAACUACGCUCCCGGCAAGAUUGCGUGCCCCUCCCUCAAUGACGGUGAAUCCCUCGUGAGAAAGGCCAAUGGCCUUUCCAAGGAUGAACAGGAAUGGGUGGCGGCGCGUCACGAAAAGACCGACGAAGCAUUGCUUAACUUCCUCCAAAACGCCAACAUGACGGAUUUCGAUGCCUCCACAUUCCUCUCCACGCAGGCCAACAACUCCAUCAAUAUCGGUUUGGCCGUGAGUGGUGGUGGGUACCGUGCGAUGCUCGUGGGUGCGGGACAGCUUGCGGCCCUUGAUAACCGUACGGAAGGUGCUAUCGAGCACGGGUUGGGUGGUUUGUUGCAGGCAGCCACGUACUUGACCGGGUUAUCGGGGGGUUCGUGGCUCGUGGGGACGUUGGCAAUGAACAAUUUCACGAGUGUGGAGCAGAUCUUGGAUGACGGGGUCUUGUGGAACCUCACCACCACACAGCAGUUGUUAAACACUGACAACAACACCGAGUUGUAUGACCACUUGAACUACUGGGAAGACAGUGAUGGGUUCACCGGGAUCAAGAACGAAAUAGCCGCCAAGGUUGCUGCGGGUUUCAACACUACCCUCUCCGAUGCCUGGGGCCUUGGCUUGUCGCAUGCGUUCUUCGAGCCAAAUGACAACAACUACGGUGCCCCGCUCUUGUGGACCGACUUGAGAGACCGCUCCAUUUUCUCUGACCACGAUAUGCCGUUCCCAAUUCUUGUGUCGGUUGGUAGAGAGCCAAACACGUUUGUCACCAACGAGAACUCGACCGUGUUUGAGUUCUCGCCAUUCGAGAUGGGUUCCUGGGAUCCGUCAUUGAACGCGUUUUCUGACUUGAAGUAUGCGGGUACCAACGUCACCAACGGUGUGCCAAACAGUGACCAAUGUAUCGCGGGCUUUGAUAACGCGGCUUUCCUCAUGGGGACCUCUGCUUCGCUUUUCAACACCUUCCUCACCACCCUUAACGGCACCACCUCUCUGUCAAUUCCGGCCAUAUACCAGACCUUCCUCACAAAGUAUUUGACUUAUUUGCAAAACAGUUACCAGGACAUUGCGCUUUGGUCGCCAAAUCCGUUCUUGGGAACAAACUACACCACCAACGAAAACUCCAAGAUCACCCACAACAGCUCGCUUUACCUCGUUGAUGGUGGUGAGGAUGGGGAAAUCAUUCCGUUACCGCCUCUUCUCGUGCCCGACCGUUCCGUAGAUGUGGUAUUUGCCUUUGACAACGACGCCUGGCCAAGUGGAACUGCGCUUAUUGCCACCUACGAAAGACAGUUUGUCGAGCAGGGUUCUAGCAUCGUCUGUCCGUAUGUUCCAGACAGCUAUUCGUUCUUGCAGCAGAACUUGACCGCCAGACCAACCUUCUUCGGCUGUGACGCCAAGAACUUGACCACCUUGAACGCAAACGGGGAUAUUCCGCCGCUUGUGGUGUACAUUGCCAACCGUCCGUUUGACUUCUACUCCAACACUUCCACCUUCGAGCUCAGCUACACGGACGAAGAUAAGAAGUUGAUGGUUGUCAACGGGUUUGAAACCAUGUCGCGUUAUAACCUCACUUUGGAUAGCGAAUGGCAAGCCUGUGUCGGCUGUGCCGUCAUCAGAAGAGAGCAGGAAAGACAGAACAUAACCCAGUCCGACCAAUGUAAGCAGUGUUUCGAGCGUUACUGCUGGGACGGAACCAUCAGCAACCCAGCUACAGAUGGCGGUCUUUUGGUCAACUUCACCAUGACCGGCUUCACCAACGGG